GGGAACAAGAAUAGAAAAGAAGGAAAAAGAUUACGACACAGCAAGAAGCCUAGAAUUAUGGGUCACCACUCUUGCUGCAACCAACAGAAAGUUAAAAGAGGGCUUUGGUCUCCUGAAGAAGAUGAGAAACUCAUCAGAUACAUUACAACUCAUGGCUAUGGCUGUUGGAGUGAAGUUCCCGAGAAAGCUGGGCUUCAAAGGUGCGGCAAGAGUUGUCGCUUGAGAUGGAUUAAUUAUUUGAGACCAGAUAUUAGAAGAGGCAGGUUUACACCCGAAGAGGAGAAGUUAAUUAUAAACCUUCAUGGGGUCGUAGGAAACAGAUGGGCUCACAUUGCAAGCCACUUACCGGGUCGAACGGAUAAUGAGAUAAAGAACUAUUGGAACUCAUGGAUAAAAAAGAAAAUAAGAAAGACUUCGGUGUCAUCAACCACCAUUGCACAAAGUAUCGAUCAUAAUCCUUCCCAUUUCAACUUCAAUUCCAAUGUACUAGACCACUUUGCCAACCAAGAUAACCUACAAACAAAACCACCAGUUCAAGAAACCUUAUUUUCCUCAACAUGCCCUUUGUUCAUGUUUGACACUAGUUCACUAGAAAGCACAGCAACAGAUCACUGCAAUAGUGUGAGAGUAGAACCCUUUCAAGACGCUAUGGGUUUGAGCACUGAAACAUGGAACUUAAGCCACCACCAGGUUCAGGCACUUCCUCCUAUUACCGUUACUGUAGGCUUGGACACCACAAACUACUUGCCGCCUUUGGUAGAGAACGUGGAUAACAUGGUCCCAAUUGAGGUACAAUCUUGUAACAUGGACGAGCAUGGAGAUAUAGCACUAGAGUGCUUGCAGAGACAAGAGUUAAAUGAAUGGGUGGAAACACAACAACAAUGUGCUAACUUUUUGUUCUGGGACAACGUUGAUGGACAGCUUGGUGGGGAAGAACUAGCACCAAAUUCAUCAAAUGUGGAAGCAAAUAAUCUUUCUCCUUUUCCUUCUUCUUUGUGUGGAAGUAUUCGCAGAGCUUGGUUUCCCAGCCUCCAUUCCCUCCGCUUCCACCUUGUAACAAUGAUCAUUCCAGAGAAGAACCGCAAGGAGAUCUGCAAAUACCUCUUCCAAGAGGGAGUUUGCUACGCGAAGAAGGAUUUCAAUUUGGCGAAGCACCCUGACAUCGACGUGCCGAAUCUGCAGGUGAUUAAGCUGAUGCAGAGUUUUAAGUCUCGCGAGUACGUGAGGGAGACCUUUGCUUGGAUGCACUACUACUGGUUCCUCACCAACGAUGGCAUCGAGUUUCUCAGAACCUACCUUAAUCUUCCUUCCGAAAUUGUCCCUGCCACUUUGAAGAAGCAAGCCAAGCCACCUGGCAGGCCUUUCGGUGGCCCAUCCGGUGAUCGCCCUAGGGGUCCACCGCGCUUUGAAGGCGGGGAGCGUAGGUUUGGUGGUGACAGGGAUGGAUACCGUGGAGGUCCCCGGGGACCUGGUGGUGACUUUGGAGGAGACAAGGGAGGAGCUCCUGCUGACUACAGGCCCUCUUUCGGGGGUCCUGGCGGAAGGCCUGGCUUUGGCCGUGGAUCUGGUGGUUUUGGAGCGCCAACCAGCUCAAAUCUGCCUUAAGUAUAAUGUUUUCUACUUUAUUUUUUGUUUAGUUUUCUAGAAAAAUGUGUCUGUAGUUGGAGUCAAUGAUAGAUUUCCCUCUUAUAGAUUUGUUUAAUCGGCUUGACACUUUAUAUUCAGUUUUUUGUUCAGUGAAGAUUUUUGAAUUUUGAGUGUUUCUGCUAAUUUGUGGCUCAUUCGUUGGUCAAACUUCUAUUUUCGUUUUCUUC